AUGUCAGAAAGACCCGAUCUGCUCCAGAGGGCCAAGCUGGCAGAGCAAGCAGAACGAUAUGAUGAUAUGGCAGAUUGCAUGAGGAAUGUAACACAAUACGGAGAUGAGCUGUCCAAUGAAGAAAGGAACCUUCUUUCUGUUGCUUACAAGAAUGUGGUUGGAGCAAGGAGGUCUUCAUGGAGGGUCAUUUCCAGCAUUGAGCAGAAGUCAGGUGAAUCGGAAAAGAAGUUGCAAUUGACUAAAGAAUACCGGGAGAAAAUAGAGGGCGAGCUCAAAAGCGUUUGUGACACUGUUUUGAAACUGCUUGAGAAGUUCUUAAUUCCUAAAGCCACGCAACCAGAGUGCCAAGUAUUUUACCUGAAAAUGAAGGGGGACUAUUACCGAUACCUUUCAGAAGUGGCGAAGGAAGAUGAGCGAAACCAGCCAAUAGCAGACUCGCAAGGAGCUUAUCAAGAAGCGUUUGACAUCAGCAAGCAAAAAAUGCAGCCAACCCACCCCAUCCGCUUGGGCUUGGCCCUGAAUUUUUCUGUAUUCUAUUAUGAAAUUCUUAAUAGCCCGGAAAAGGCGUGUUCACUGGCAAAGACUGCAUUUGAUGAAGCAAUCGCAGAACUAGACACCCUCAAUGAAGACUCCUACAAAGAUAGCACUCUUAUAAUGCAGCUACUUAGAGACAACUUAACAUUAUGGACGUCGGAUACCAAUGAAGGUGGUGAGGGCGGUGAACCAGAAGAGAACAACUAA